UGCAAUGUAACGGCUAUUGCUAAUGGUACUUCUGACAGGGCAGUCAUAAACUUUGGAGAAACCGUUACCUAUUCUUGUGCAGCGGAUCAAGGGAUUGUGGGCGAUGCCACACCAACUUGCCAGGCUGACAGACAACUAUCCUCCAUUCCUUACUGUGUGCAAUGCCAUGUCCCUGCUAUAGUCAACGGUACUUCUGACAAGGCGGUCAUAAAAUAUGGAGAAAGUGUUACCUAUUCUUGCGGGGAUGAAGGGAUUGUGGGUGAUGCCACGCCAAGGUGCCAGGCUGACAGACAACUAUCCUCCAUUCCUUACUGUACCUCUGUUAAAUGUAAUGUACCUGCAAUUGCUAAUGGUAAACCUACCAAAGCGGUAAUUCCAGUCGGAGAAAUGGCUGCCUAUUCUUGCUCUCACAACCUUAUCGCCGUGGGUAAUGCCAGCUGCAUGGCUGAUGGAAAUCUCUCCUCGGUUCCUUACUGCGGUUAUUCGUCAUUGACUGGCUACAGCUACUGUUCUGGAGUUGGUGCAGUCCUGCAGCGGACACACGAUAACAAGCUUUUCAACUUUACAGUCGCCCAGGAAAUAUGCAGGCUACAAAAUGGCAGUUUACUAAGUCCCAAAGCCUUCACGUCGAGAUGCACGCGAACUUUGCUCGGUGAUACCCGCAUUGCCUGGAUCAACCAGUUUGAGGCUGGAAAAAACGAAAUGAUUGCGUUUGUCACUGGAGGACCAAGCCACAAUGCUUCCACUCGCUUCUUGAAGACCCCAUUAUACGUCGUGUGCGAAAUAGCAUGUUCCGCUUCAGCUCAUAUCUUCAACAUAUCAGCGAGUGGCAUUGUAACUUGUAAACCAGGUUAUGAAUACCUUUAUGCACACCAUCCAUGUGAACCCUGUACACCUGUGCAAUGCAAUGUAACUGCUAUUGCUAAUGGUACUUCUGACAGGGCGGUCAUAAACUUCGGAGAAAACGUUACCUAUUCUUGUGCGGCGGAUCAAGGGAUUAUGGGCGAUGCCACGCCAAGUUGCCAGGCUGACAGACAACUAUCCUCCAUUCCUUACUGUGCCUAUUCAGAGGUGGCAGGCAAAACCACACCAGCGCAACAAGUACCGAUCCAAAGACAAAGUCAAGCAUCGCAAAAUCCAGGACAGUUCCCAAGAAGUCUGGCGGUAGCUAAUACACAAGUAUCAAAAAAUCCUGGUCUGUCAGGUAUGACAUCUCCAACACCACCAGUGCCAGACCAAGGAAAAAGCCAAACAUCUCAAAGUCCGGGACAGUCGCAGCAACCUUCACCAGCAACCGAUGGAGAUCGAUCUGCACCUGCAUCUGAUUCAGAGGUGGCAGGCAAAACCACACCAGCGCAACAAGUGCCAAUCCAAAGAAAAAGUCAAGCAUCGCAAAAUCCAGGACAGUUCCCAAGAAGUCCGGCGGAAGCCAAUACACAAGUAUCAAAAAAUCCUGGUCUGUCAGGUAUGACACCCCCAACACCACCAGUGCCAGACCAAAGAAAAAGCCAACCAUCUCAAAGUCCGGGACAGUCGCAACAAACUUCACCAACAACCGAUGAAGACGGAUCGGCACCGGCAUCUGGGGAGCGAAUAUCUGUAGCAUUAUGUGUUUUAGCGGCAGAGACUUGUGCAGGCAGUUCGUAG